AUAUAAAAGCAACGUGCUAAAUAUACUUCUUGUUAAAAGUGUUAUUUGAUCAGUAGCCAAAGGUUCCGUUGGCAAUACAAAUGUGAAGCAUUUUUUGGGCACGUAGAUACCAAAUUACAUCGCACUGAUAACAUGGUGCUAUUGCAAGUAUUCAGUCGUUCAUUCGUACUGAUAAUUAUUGCGAGCAAUAUAUUGCAAGGAUAUUCAGAGGCACAAGAAGUAAAUGAAGCAGAGGAUCUCGUAAAUGAUGCUGCAGACACAUCAGUCAACAAUGAUUCCUUUAAUGUUAAAAGCCGAAAGGGCGGAAGACGUGUAUUCAAAGGAGGCUGUAUUCGUAUGCCGAAUACUCCUAUAAAUGGUAGAAUUAUGUGCUCUACGAACAGCGGCUGCACCGCACAUUGCUUGUCAGACUACAUAUUUCCAAAUGGUUUACAACAAUUGACAAUUACUUGCGUUGAUAAGGAAUGGCAUAUUCAAGGAACCGAAUGGAGUUCGAUACCGCGCUGCGAACCAAUUUGCAUGCCCAAGUGUCAAAAUAACGGAAUAUGCAUCAGACCUAAUCAGUGUAAUUGUUCUGAACAUUUUACCGGUCCGUUCUGUCAAUUCGAGAAUAAACCAUGCUUAAAUCAUCUCCCACCACCGCUUAAUUCUUAUAGGAAAUGUAACUCGAUUUCGUGCACUGUAUCCUGCAUGAAAAACUUUACCUUUCCCGAUGGUUCAUCCGUUACCAAUUUAAUCUGCAAAAAUGGAAACUGGAAGCCAACCCGGGGUGAUUGGGUAUCAAUUCCAGAUUGCGAACCCGUGUGUGAUCCACCCUGUCAGAACGGUGGUAAUUGUCUGCCGAUGAAUCUAUGUCAAUGCCCGCAGAAUCAUCGAGGACCUCAGUGUCAGUAUUCUGCUGACGCCUGCGACGCGAAGAAUUUACGUUUCAACGGUGCUUAUUAUUGCACCAGUACCGGCGACAAUUUUUCUUGCACGUUAAGUUGCCCGGUGGAAUCGGAGUUCGAAUUUCCACCUGCUAUAACUUACACUUGCACCUAUGACACGGGCAUUUUCAAACCGCAGCCGAUACCGCAGUGUAAGGUGAAUGAUGACAUGAAGAUCGUCUUGCACAACAUCUCUUAUAACACGUACACACGAGAAUCUAAUUACUCCUGGUCAACGCAAGAUCUUGUCAGCGAUACAACUGACAGUUCUCCAGAGUUUUAUGGUGUUCGUGACAACAGUGAAAAUACGAUGAUCGUCGAAGCAAGCCGAUCCGCAAAACCAAAAACGUGCUUUACCUGGGGUGGCGCGCACUAUAAAACUUUUGACGACAAGAUCUACAGCUUCAAUAGCGACUGUCCAUACGUACUUCUCCGAGAGACACAAGAUGACGUCUGUACGAUCCUGACGCUAAAUUCUCUGGGUUGCAAAACGAAGAACGGCCGUUGCUCCAAAAUUGUGAAGCUGUUUGUGUAUGACAAAGAGUACACGUUGGCCAACGAUGAAAUCGGUAUACCGACGUUUUCGAGUGGAAAAAAAUUAUUACCCAUACCAGUAUAUCUGCCCGGAUUACGCGUGGACAAGUCCGCGCACUUUACUCUCAUCUCUCUUGACUCGCUGGGCAUAAAGCUGAAGUGGGAUGGAUCCUUGCUGUUACAAGUCGAGGCUUCCGAGAGUAUGUGGAACAAAACAGCCGGUCUCUGCGGUACAAUGAACGAUGAUCCAAAGGAUGAUUUCUUGAUGAAAAGUGGCACUCACACUAAAAGCAUUACUAGUUUGGCGGAUUCUUGGCGAAUUAACGAUUUUGGAGAAACAUGUGACGAUUUGAACACGCAAAAUGCGUGCCAAGUGAAAGAUGAGUUCGCUAAAGAUGCUCUCAAGUUUUGCGCCCAGCUUCUCUCCAGUCGUAAAUUUAAGCCUUGCGUUCAAACGAUUAAUUUUUCUGAAUUGUUAAAGGCAUGCAUAUGGGAUUAUUGCGCAUGUAAGGACAGUGACAAAACGAAAUGCGCCUGCAAUACCAUAGACGUUUACAUGCGCCAAUGUAUUCACAAGGGAGUCGCAGUAUCAACACCGUGGAGAAAUGACGACACUUGUCCGAUUUCCUGCGAAAAUGGACGAAUAUACAUGUCAUGCGGGCCAAAGGUGGAAGCAUCUUGUUUUUCCGAUCUUGAGACGAGGAGCGAAAAUCCUGAAUGCGAAGAAGGUUGUUUCUGCCCUGUGGGGACUCUGGAGCAUCAAGGUAGAUGUAUCAUGCCAGAGGAAUGUCCAUGUAAAUUGAGGGGCAAACUGUUCGAGCCGGGUUCGAACGUGCUAAAAGAUUGUAAUACUUGUAUAUGCACUGCUGGAAAGUGGAUAUGCACGCAGGUGCUAUGUACCGCUAGAUGCUCCGUAAUAGGCGAUCCGCAUUAUACUACGUUUGACGGCAAACACUACGAUUUCAUGGGAAAAUGCAAGUACUACUUAAUGAAGGGAGAAAACUAUACGAUUGAAGCUGAAAAUGUUCCGUGUUCCGGAACGAUAUCUGAGAACAUGGGCUUCACCUUUGUGGAGAAUUCUCCAUCGUGCACCAAAGCUGUUACAAUAAAUUUCAAGAAUACCAUUAUAAAAUUGAAGCAAAAUCGCCAAAUUACAGUGAACGGCGACGAGAUAAUGAAAUUCCCAAUGCUGAUCAAUGGUGCUCGGAUACGACUUGCGAGCAGUACAUACUUGGUAAUUAAUAUGCCCAAUGAUUUGGAAGUAUGGUGGGAUGGUAUGACGCGCGUUUACAUUAAUGCUCCUGCUGCAUUCCAUGGUCAAACGAAAGGACUCUGUGGAACAUUCACUGGAAAUCAAAAGGAUGACUUUAUAACGCCCGACGGUGACGUUGAGCCCACGGCGAUUGCCUUCGCGAAUAAGUGGAAAAUUAACAAAUACUGCGCCGACGAAUCAGAAAAUGAAUCGAAACACCCCUGCGAGAUAAAUCCUCAAAAAAGAGCAACAGCGGAGGCAUAUUGUUCUAAAAUACACACCGAUAUUUUUUCCGGAUGUCAUUGGUACGUUGAUCCAAUGGAGUUUUACCGAGAUUGCAUGUACGAUAUGUGCGCAUGUAACUCUGAUGCUAAAUUAUGCUUCUGCCCGAUAUUAGCAGCAUACGCGGAAAAUUGUGCGGCGCAAGGCGUGAAAUUAUCGUGGCGUUCAAAAAUUGAUAAGUGUAAAGUUCAUUGUAGUGGCGGUCAGAUAUACCAAAUCUGUGGAAAUAGUUGCACGAGGUCGUGCGAAGACAUAUCCUCUUAUCAAGACUGCAAACAAGAAUGCGUAGAAGGAUGCAAUUGCCCCGAAGGCCAGGCACUGGACACAAACGGCGAAUGUAUCCCGAUCGCUGAGUGUCCCUGCGUAUAUGCGAGUCGCGAGUACAAACCUAAUCAUCGAGAAAUAAGACCGAGCAGUAAGGGACAGCAAUAUUGCACUUGCAUAGGCGGCAUAUGGGGCUGUCGUUUAGCAACGCCGGAAGAAAUUCGAAAUUAUCCGGCGGUCACGCCGGAACUUCUAUCUACCUGCGUUGCCAGUAAACAUCUCGAAAUGACGGAUUGCGAGCCGGUAGAACAGAGAACUUGCAGCAAUAUGCACUUUUCCAACGAACACAGUCAAAUUGUAUGUACGUUCGGUUGCAUUUGCAAAGCUGGAUACGUUCUCGACGCGCCAAACGGCAAUUGCAUCCCGGAAAAAGACUGCCCGUGUCAUCACGGCGGGAAGAGCUACAAGGAAGGCUCGGUUAUUCAGGCCGAAUGUAACACUUGCACGUGCGAAGGCACCAAAUGGAAAUGUACAAAUAGAGUCUGCUCAGGAAUCUGUUCUGUGUGGGGUGAUUCGCAUUACAAGACGUUCGACGGUAAAAUGUACGAUUUCCAAGGUAUAUGCGAUUACGUUCUGGUAAAGAGCAAGUUGAGCAAGGAGGAGUCAUUCGACGUCUCGAUUCAGAAUGUACCAUGCGGUACGAACGGUGUCGCGUGCUCGAAAUCGAUCACACUCGUGGUCGGAAACGAUGAACAGCGAGAAGAACUCGUGCUGACAAAAGGAAAGAAAUUACCGACGGGACCUUUUAAAAGGAUGACUAUUAGAACCACUGAAAUCUUCGUGUUCGUCGAUGUACCAGACUUGAGAUUGGUGUUGCAAUGGGACAAAGGCACAAGAGUCUACGUAAAAUUAAAUCCGGAGUGGAAAAGUCAUACAAUGGGCCUGUGCGGUGAUUACAACGACAACGCCGAGGAUGACUUCAAAACGCCGUCUGGCGGUAUAUCCGAGGCCUCUGUUAACUUGUUCGGCGACUCGUGGAAGAAAAAUACAUUCUGUCCGGAACCAAAAGACGUGCCAGACGCAUGCGAGCAGCAUCCGGAACGCAAGUUGUGGUCGUUACGACGCUGCAACAUACUGAAGUCAUCGGUAUUCUCACCAUGUCACUCAGAGGUUGAAGUUGAACCGUACUUACGUAAUUGUAUUUUCGACGCGUGCAGCUGCGACUCCGGCGGCGACUGCGAGUGCCUGUGCACAGCGUUGGCUGCGUAUGCACACGAGUGCAACGUGAAGGGUGUACCGGUGAAGUGGCGCACGCAGGAACGCUGCCCGUUGCAAUGUAACGAGGAGUUCAGCACGUAUUCGCCCUGCAUCUCGACUUGUCCGCGCGAGACGUGCGAUAAUCUGAUGACUGUAAAGGACGGCUCUCGUUUGUGCACCGAGGAUACAUGCAUUGAGGGCUGCCAAUUUAAACCAUGUUCGGAAGAGCAAGUAUACUGGAAUGCUACUUAUACGGAAUGUCUACCGAAAUCAGCAUGCAAAACGCCAUUCUGCGCCGAGAUCAACGGAGUAAUAUACUACGAGGGUGAUCGAGUAAGAGGCGACGAUUGUCAGAGUUGCUUCUGCAGUCGCGGUAAGGUGACAUGCAAAGGAGAGCCUUGCGUAACGCCCGGAUGCGUAGAUGGUUGGUCCAAGUGGAUUAACAAGAACAAAAUGACAUAUAAGAAGAAAACAGACGUGGAGCCAUUACCCGAAUUGAUGGAUCUCGAGAACUCAGACGGACUCGCGAUGUGCGAUAAGGAACAUAUGGUCGACAUAAGAUGCAGAUCCGUGAAGAGUCAUCUGAGCUCGAAGGAGAGCGAUUUGAAUGUGGAAUGCAGUCUGGAGCGCGGUUUAUAUUGUCAAUCAGUUACGGAUGUUCUUUGUGUAGAUUUUGAGAUCAGCGUGUUGUGUCGCUGCUCCGAAACGACGAAGCUGCCCGUUUACCAAACAAAUCAAACGACAGUAGAACCUAGUCUACAAGAAUGCGACCCAGAGUACCCUAAUUCACCACAUCCGACUAACUGUCAGCUAUUUUAUCAGUGCGUGCCCAUAGCGACUGGUUACGAAUUAGUCGAGAAGUCGUGUGGUCCUGGCACUUUAUACGAUGCGAAAGCGCAGGUGUGUAAUUUUCCGGAAGAAGUCUUGCGGACACGACCAGAGUGCAUGCUUGAGCGAACCACGUCCGAGUGGAGUCAGAACUACACCGAGACCGGUAGCACGAAUACGCAAACAACAUUGAUUAGCAGCACGGUAAGGAUUGAGAAGUGCAAAGACGACGAGGUAUGGAAUGAGUGCGCUGUUCAGUGCACCAAGGCGUGUCAUUAUUACCGACACAGCUCGAUGCAAGAUCAUUGCAAUGAAGAUAAUAACUGCAUCGCCGGAUGCGUGUCGGUCAAUCGACCGAGGUGUCCCCCGCAUAAAUAUUGGAGAGACAGCAUCACCUGCGUGGACGCAAACGAGUGUCCGUGCGAAUCCCACGAUGGAAACUCAGUCGCACCGGGCGCCGUAAGGAAGGAGUCUGAUUGCGAGAUUUGUCAAUGCAUCAAUAAUUAUUACACCUGCGAUAGCACAUUCUGCAACGCAACCACGACCGAGGGACGUGAACUUGUUACCGAGCAACCAUCCACUACGCCUUCGAUGCAUUGGCCAACUACGUCAUCGGUCGAAUUUCUUCCGCACAGCACGCUUACACCACCUGCGGAUUGCGACAACGAAAACUAUGUGCCGUUGAUACAAAGUCUGCGCGAAAAAGUAAUUAUUAAUGCUAGUAGCAGCAAGGUUCCCGCACUACGACCUGAGAAUCUAUUCGUACGCGUACCAAAAACCUUGUCGCCUGACGCCGGCUUCUGGGAACCGAAAGUAAACCACAUCGGUCAGUGGGUUACCGUUAAGUUCGAUAAACUCGAGCCAGUUUAUGGCGUAAUACUGCAGGGCGCCGUUACCGAAGAUAAAUUCGUGACCAGUUAUAAAGUGCUCUUCUCGGAGAACGGUCAGAUCUUUUCGUACGUGCUUGAUCACAAAAAGCAACCGCGUAUAUUCAGAGGACCUAUCGACAGAACUCAAUCCGUAGAACAGAAAUUUGAUCAACCCGUUGAAGCGAAAGUAAUUCGUAUCGAACCAUUAACAUGGCACAACGGAAUAGCAAUCAGAGCGGACGUUUUGGGAUGUCAGGAUAACGUGUCGAUAUCUAACUUUCCUAUCAUACAGACAACGAUCUCCGAUAAUGUACUGAAGCCAGUAUGCGAUAAACCUAUGGGAUUGGACAAUAAACUGAUGAGUAUCGAGCAGGUGUCCGUGUCGAGCUCUCCACAGUUGAUUCAGCAGCUUCCGUUAUCUGCAGAAGGUGUAUGGCGUUCAGAGUUGGACAAUCCGCAUCAAUAUGUUCAGUUCGAUUUUCUGGAAUCUCGGAACUUGACCGGGAUCACGACGAAGGGAGGUGACGGCGCUUGGACGACCGCUUACAAGAUAUUCUACAGCAACGACAAGCGUCACUGGAACCCGAUUAUCGAUAAAAACGGCAACGAGAAAGAGUUUCUCGGCAAUUUUGACGCUCAAAACCCGAAGACGAACUUUUUCCAGAAACCGUUGCAUUCGAGAUAUAUGAAGAUACAACCCACUAAGUGGCAUAAGCAUGUUGCGUUGAAGGUCGAACCCCUUGGUUGUUAUAUGGCGUAUCCCUCUACGUUGUUCGAGAAACCUGAACCGACAACUCCAUCCUAUGAGCUGAGGUGCAAUGUAUGCGAUGGAAUCGAUCGGACGUUGAAGGAUGAAGCCUGCAGAUGCGAGGAUCCCAACUGGUGGGACGGUGAAUCGUGCAUACCAAAGCGAGAAUGCCCUUGCGUAAUCGGCCAUCUCUCUUACGCGGUAGGCUCUAUCUAUGAAACUGAAGAUUGUCAGGAAUGUGUCUGCACUAUGGGCGGAACGUCUACUUGCACGCCAAAGAAGUGCGAGUCAUGUAACCCGGGUGAGCAGUCGAUUGUCAUUGAACGAUGCAAUUGUAUGUGCAAACCUUGCCCGACAGGAACCAAGCACUGUCCUACGAGCGACGUAUGCAUCAAUGAAACAACGUGGUGUAACGGCGUGCAGGAUUGUCCGGACGACGAGAUGGACUGCGAGAAGGUCGUCAUCGAACCGACGUUUGAACCAGAAGUGACACGUGAACACAUUGACACGAACGUAAGUCCGCCUCAAGUCCGCCCGCCAUCAUGCGAGGAACCAUCAUGUCCUGCAGAUUAUAGAAUAGUCUACAAGUCAUCUCAACGCGAUAAGUCGGAUUACAAUGUUAAAGGUUACUGGAAGAGCAACGUGAAGUCUGCAAUCAAAGGUUUCACAAAGACAAAGGGAUACAGAAAGCCACCAUUCCACUUUAAUGCGAUCAAAUAUACAGAUCGUCAAGCAUCAACGAAGAAUGCUCAAUGUCCUGAGUUCACCUGCGCGCCCACGAAAUUCUCACCCAUCCUGCCCGGUCACCAGAAGCCGGAGAAAUGUCCGGAGGCGUCGUGCCCGCCGCACUACGAGGUAGUAUACGAGAAGAUGAGCAUGUACAAGCUGUACAAGUGUCCUAAGUAUACGUGCAGGCCGAUAAUGCCGGAAGUAGCAUACUGCAACGUCACAGGACGAACAUUCAACACCUUUGACAACCUAGAAUAUAAAUUCGACGUUUGCGAUCAUAUCUUGGCUCGCGACAUGUAUAAUAACAAAUGGUACAUCAUAUUGGAGAAACAGUGUGAUUCGCCCGGCCAGCCGUGUACGCAGAUUUUGAUAAUAACGCAGGGCGAUCAUGAAAUCGUGUUGUAUCCGGACCUGCAUGUGGACGUCGACAAGCACAGCUUCACGGCUAAACAAUUCGAUCGCCUCAGCAAUCGCUUCCACAGCUUCAGGCUGUCUCGCAUGGGCGACAGUAUCGUGUUCCUUUCGCUUUACGACUUCGGAGUGUUCUGGGACUCCGCUGCCAACGUGAGGAUUGGUGUUAGCUCGCAAUUGGCAGGUAAAGUAGACGGCCUGUGCGGAUAUUACGACGGUAAUAUCGCGAACGAUCGGCAGACACCGGACGGCAAACAGGUGAGAAGCACCAUCCCGUUCGGAAAUAGCUGGGCGAUGGAGGGUACACCGGCGUGCGACUCGCAGGUGUGUCCACUUGACGUUCAAAAACAAGCCUGGAAGAUCUGCAAUUCCGUGAAAAGCCCAGAGCUAUCGGACGUGUGCUCUACGGUAGUGGACAUCAACAAGUUCGUGUCUAGCUGCGUAGAGAACUUGUGCACAUGCCUGCACGGUAAUAAUUCCUACGAGGAGUGUCGAUGCCGACUGCUAACGAGCUUCGUCAGCAAAUGUGAGGCCGCUCUACCCGGUGCUGACUUGUCCGACUGGAGGAGGAUUCACGACUGUCCGGCCAGCUGUCCGUCACCGUUUAUUCACCGAGAUUGUUUCCGCAACAAAUGCGAGAUCACCUGCGAUAAUCUACACGAGUUAGAACCAUGUCCGAUGAUGCAGGGCGUUUGCUUCCCCGGUUGCUUCUGCCCGGACGGCCUGGUGCGUCACAACGACGAGUGUAUGCCACCGGUGCAGUGUCGAGACUGCGUAUGCGACAGCCUUGGUAACUCCAAGUUCAUCGACUUCGAUCGCAAGGACUUUAGCUUCGCCGGCAAUUGUACCUACGUCUUGUCCAGGAACGUCGUGAACAACGCGAAAGGCCGAAACGGAACUCACGCGUACCAGAUUUUGCUCAGUAAUGAGGAAUGCGUCACCGGCAUAUGCACGAAAUCCGUUACGCUCCUUUACAAAGAACACGUGGUGCGAAUAAAACGCGCGGAAGAGUUGAAAGAAUUGCGAGUCUCCAUUGAUGACUCCCAGGUAGCCGAAUUUCCGUACAACCGCACGUGGAUCACGUUGGAUCGUACACUCGCGGGAGACGUGUCUUUGUUGGUGCCGGCUAUCCAACUAGAGUUCGUCGCCUUCCGACAGAAUUUCGCGUUCACUUUGAAACUUCCGUCGCAUAUCUUCGACGACGCCACUGAGGGUCUGUGCGGCAACUGCAACGCCGAUGAAGCUGGUUUCAAGAAGCGCGACGGCAAAGUCACCAACAAUGCUGAGGAAUUCGGCAAAUCUUGGCUGGCUGAUGAUCUGUCGACGGAGUUGGACCUGAAUGAUCAGACAUGCGCCAGUAAACAGCGGGCUCAAUGCGUUCCUCCACCAGCGAGUCAGGAUAUCUGCAGAAAACUUUUGGAUUUAGCGGAAUUCCAACAAUGCCACAGUAUCAUCGAUCCGAAAUCAUAUUUGGAUUGCUGUCAUGACGCUUUAUGCACCAACGGCAACUACUGCGAUAGUUUGGAAAUGUAUGCGAGAAAAUGUUCGGAAGUUGGUUUAUGUCCAGCUUGGAGAACCGACGAGAUCUGCCCGUACGAAUGUUCUGCAGGUCUUGUCUAUCAACCAUGCGCUUCCGGCUGUAAGGAAACUUGUGACACUUUGAGCGACGAAAAGUGUUCAUCUGGCCCCAUCGAGGGAUGCUUCUGUCCACAAGAUUACGUAUUCCAUAAUGAUUCUUGCAUACCAAAAAAGAACUGUCACGUUUGUGACAAAGACGGUCACGUAGAAAGCGAUGUUUGGCAACCGGACAAAUGUACGGAAUGCAAAUGCCAUGAUGGAGUUGUGAAUUGCCAAAAAACGGAAUGUCCUCUGUUGGAUACAAUUUGUGAAAAAAAUAUGACACCCGUGCUUGUGAAUGGAACCAAAGAAAAAUGUUGUCCCAAGUAUUUGUGUAUGCCAACACCUACUACACCCACGUGUGUCGAGCAACAGGAACCAGAAUGUGGUUAUGGCCAGGUGAUGAAGACUAUUACUGGCACUGAUGGAUGUUACAAAAUUAUUUGUCAAUGUUUGCCUGAAGACGAGUGUCCCGUUGUCGAAGAAUUCACGAAUGAAAUUGAGACACUGGAGCCCGGUUUCAUAAAAGUAAUGAAUAUAUCCGGUUGCUGUCCGCGAACGAUCAAAAUAUGUGAUCCGAAAACUUGUCCUUCUACACCUAAUUGCCCAAAGUACCAUAAUAUAACAAUGACUAAACAUGAAGACAAUUGUUGUCCUAGUUAUAAGUGCGUACUUCCAAAGGAUAUUUGUUUGUACACAAAUGAUGAAGAUCGAAGCAGACAACAUGUAAUAGCGAAAAAGAUUGGAGAAAAAUGGGAAGAUGGUAAAUGCAAAACAUGCAUAUGUGAAAAUUCACAGGAUGGCCCUAAACCGGACUGUAAGAUCACGGAGUGUCCAAGUAUGCAUGAACAUCCUGAUGUAAACGACUAUGUAUUGAAGAAAAUAUCAUUGGAUGAUAAAUGCUGCCCAAUCUUUGAGCGCAGCACUUGCAAAGAUGGAGAUAAAGUGUAUCAUGUUGGCGAAAGUUGGAAGCCCGAUAUUGAACAUCCUUGUAUUACAAUGGAAUGUAACAAACAUUCGAAUAAUAUCCAGAAGCAAGUUAAAGUCCAAGAAUGUAAUGUUGUAUGUGAUUAUGGUUAUGAAUAUCAACCGUCUAACGAUAUCACAGAGUGUUGCGGGAAGUGUAUUCAAACCGCGUGUAAUGUAGAUGGCAUGCUUAAGGAUGCAGGAGAGGAAUGGCAGUCGGACGAUCACUGUGUGACGUAUUCUUGUGUCUCCACAAAUGGAAGCAUGUAUGUACAAGUAAAUACUGAGACCUGUCCAGAGAUUGACCCGCAAUUGGAAUUAGAGUUUCAGGUAGAAACUCGCAAAGUUCCAAACAAGUGUUGCCCAGAAAUUGUCAAAACAGCUUGUCUCAGUGAUGGAAAAUCAUAUAAGCCUGGAGAGAAAUGGAAAUCUUUUGCAGAUAGCUGUGUCACCGAGACUUGCACAACAGGUCCGAAUAUAACAAAGCAUACAGAAGUUGAAGUAUGUUCGAAGCAGUGUGCUCCGGGAUGGUCAUAUGAAGAACCAAAAGAUGGUAAAUGUUGUGGAGAAUGUAAGCAAACAUCUUGUAUAUAUGAAGGUACUUUGUAUACACCUGACAUGACAUGGUCAUCUGAUGAUAAUUGUACCACUUACAGUUGUUUGAAAGUGAAUGAACAACUAUCUGUUAGUAUGAGUUCGGCUGUUUGUCCUGAUAUAAAAGAUUGCCCUGAAAACGCAAUAUAUCGCGAUCAGUGCUGUGAACGAUGCAAUUUGAAGAUUAUUAAUCAAGUUAUAGAAGAAAAGAGUAAAUGCAAACCAACUAUUAUGGAUGCAAAUAGCACCUUAAAUAUGCUGAUUGUGAAUCAUCCUCUACAUGGAACAUGUAAAAACUUGCAUCCUAUCGAAAAUAUUAUACAAUGCAACGGAACAUGCAUGUCUUCCACAUAUUUUGACACUAAAAACUGGAAACAAGUAAAUAAUUGCCAAUGUUGUCAAGCAAAGGAACAUACUGGUAUCCUUGUCAAUUUAACAUGCACCGAUGGUAGAAGAUUGAAGAAGUUAUUGGUAGUGCCAACUUCUUGUUCUUGCCAAAGUUGUGCUCUUUCAGAUUUAAAAAAUGAAGAUAACAAAACAAAGACCAAAGUUUAAUUUAUAAGAACUGAGUUCUUUGUUUUAUUUUCUUCAUUUACACAUAAGCAAUAAAAUAUUCUUACAAUAUAAACUAUUAAAAAUAUAUGGAUUAAUGGAAAUAAUUUUUUUUGUAAUUUUUCUUUUACUUUUUAUGUAUCGAUUAGAGAAUCUUUGUAUUCCAUACAUUACUGUUUAUAACAAUCUUAUAUUUAUUUAUCUAUACGCGAAUAUAUAAGAUCUAAAUGUCAAAAUUUUGUUGUCAAAUUAUACUGGAUAAGUGAAAAAUCACACAUGAAAUGACAUUUACAUAAUUUAAAGGAGUAAAUCUCUUUAUAAUUUACAUAUCUGCUGAUUGUUGUGUGGUUUUGUUAUUUAAUGUUGAAGCAGAAAUUCUUUCGGCCUUUUACCUUACUGGUAGAAAUACCAGUCUUCCUGAUAGAAGACAAACGAAUCGAUUUACGGGAAUAGAAUGGAAAGUCAAUUUUUUUUUGAGAUAAAACUAAUAUUUUUAAUAAAAAGGUAAAUUACUGCACAGAAUCAAGAAGAUUUAUUCUCUAUUUCUAAAUUUAUUAAAUAAAUUUUUAAGUUUAUUAAAUCAAUGUUUGAGUUAAUCAAAGCAAAACAAAAGAAGCAAGAAAUUCUUAUUGUAUUUUAUUAAACUAAAAAAAUGUUAUUUUUUACUAUAAUGUAGUUAAAAU